UCCACCCGCCGCUGGGGUUUGGUUGCUCCGAGAGAGGACAGAACGCAAAGCUGUCAAGGUUAUGGGGUUUUGUUUUACAAGCGUGUCACUUGCUGAGGGCCGUUAGGCUUCCUAGGUUAAGCAGCGGUGAACUAGAAGCUGCUGUGGUGUUGAGGCACAGGACAUUUGGAGUAAUCAAUAAAUUUUAGCCAAUUAAGAUUCAGCAAAGAAAUGAAAAGGAGCCUCGCUGACACUUCGACUCGCACCACAGCAGGUUGCCUUCCUGUACCUCUGUUCAACCAGAAGAAAAGAAAUAGGCAGCCCCUUACUUCAAAUCCACUUAAAAAUGAGCCAGGUACCAGUUCUGGGACUCGUACUUACGAAUUUUCUCCCACAUCAUUAGGCUGGGGAGCUGCAAACCCUGAUGUGGAUGAACUACAGGAAGCAGCCAACAACAGCCAAACAGAUCAGAUGGCUCCUUCCUUUAUGAAGCCACCAAAUGCAUCAAAGUCUAAUUUAGCAAAUGCUGGAAAAAACUUGUCUGCCUUCAGGGCAGAAGAGAAGACUCCCAGUACUAACAUUUGGAACAGAAAUGAGUAUAAUCCUUUAAGAAACACAACAGGUUCAAGAUCUGAUAGUGGCAUUGUUCGAAAGUUUGAGAGCUCUUCAAAUACUUUGAAAACUCACCAGCUGCAAAAAAACCCUGAUAAUUUUAAUUCAUCUCAGCAUAUCAAAACAGAAACCAGGCAAACUUACAUAUCUAAAGGGCAAUGGCCAGUAAAACCUAACACUGCUUCAAAAAGUCUGCAGGAUCAUAGUCUGGCAUUCAAGUUUACUCACAAUAUUCAGCAAAAUAAAAUGAAUGAAAACCAGUUUGAUUGUGUGCCAGCAGACAAAAGUCAGGAAGUUUCAUCACCUCAAUUAAAAAUUAAAGAGAAAAAGAAUUCUUUGCGAAUCGUAUCUGCAGUCAUUGAAAGCAUGAAGCACUGGAGUCAAUAUGCUUAUAAAACUCCACUCUUAUUUGAAGUUUUAGGCACACUUGAUUCUGCAGUCACAACGGGAGCAUACGGGGCAAAGAAUUUUCUACUGAGAGAUGGAAAGGAGAGUCUGCCUUGUGUAUUUUAUGAAAUUGACCGGGAGCUUCCAAGACUAAUUAGAGGUCGAGUGCACAGGUGCAUGGGCAACUAUGACAUAAAAAAGAGCCUUUUCAAGUGCUUCUCUGUAAGACCAGCAACUAUGCAAGAAAAAAACACUUUCCAAGAUUUUGUUAAAAUUUCUGAUGUUGAGAUGACAGCAUAUGUAAAAACACUGAAUGAAAUUUAAAAGUCACAACAAUUGUCCAAAACUGAUUUUCACCAAUCCUUACCCAUAAAGGCUGGGCAUCCUGAGGCAUUUAACAAAACUAAUACUGAAAAGCUAAUUGAAAUAAUUGAAAAUAUCACUAUGCUGUGUUAUCCAACAAAUGUGAGCAACGAUGUUUUGUUUCUACU